GCCGUACCCAGCUCGUUGAUCGUGUUCUCAGAUCGCCACUAUAAAGUGAGUCCUGGCUUAUUCGCACUCCAACAGAAGCUCCUCCUCGGUUCUUUUGUGCCACCAGCGGUCUCAUAACUCUCUGAAUGCCCAAUCAGUACAAGCCCGUUCCUAAUGCUGAAGACCUCCGUCCUUUCAUCGAGAAGUACUGGAAGCAGAACAAGAAGGAUGUCGAGAUCGUCGAGCUGCUCAAGAAGUAUCACAUCGAUCUCAACAAAUACGGCCUCGAAGUUCAAACAUUUAGAAAAAUUCGCGAGAAGCUUGGUUCAUACGCACGCGGCGUCAAGGCCACACCGUGGACACAAUUGGGGUAUGUUUCUAGCGAGACUGUAAUGCGCUAUUUUCACACUCAUGAGCCCGAUCUUGUUCGUGAGCGCCGACGUGGACACUUCAAGCGCAAGCAGUUCUGGGCAGCGGGUGCCAACGAUAUAUGGGCUGUAGAUCAGCACGACAAAUGGAAGUAUAAAUUCGAUUUGGUGGAACAACAGCAAUCCCCGCCUUAUAUUCAGCUAUUAUCUGGAAACCGUGGAACGGCUUGGGCACCGUUGGAUGCGAAAGAAGAAGACAUCAUGCCGGAAAUCACAUGGAGUCAGAUGCGGCGUCGAUUCACUCCUGGCUUUGAAGACAUCCUCGACGUUGGUGUAAACGAGGGCUGGUACAAUCCGGGAGUUCUACUCGAAGCCUUAGUCUUCCGUUGGGUAUUCAUCCCGUGGCUUCAGGGCGAGCUCGAGCUGUAUCGGCAUCGCGUGAACAAUACCGCAAAGCGCUGUGAUCGUAACAAGAUCCUUCCUCACGGUGUUCCGACUAGCAUGUUUGAGUUCCCAGAGGAUUACGCCAUCCUCGAUUUCAAGAUCAAGGUCGAUCCUAUCGGUAUUGAAAAGUCCGACAGAUCUCCUGAAUUGCUCAAGGAGUUGGAUCAGCUCAACGAUAUCGAUCAGAGUGCCGAUGCAAGGUGGGGGCAUGUGCUGACCCAGCCGGUCGAUGAAAACAUUCCCCUUCUCCCAAACUUGCAGGAACUGCGGGCGUUACCGGAUGACGCUCACGCAUUGUACGCAUGGUUCUCGGACGAAGAAGACUCUCAGGAUUUCAAUGAUCAUUGGUAG